AAGUAGAAAUUCGUGUUGUUCAGUCGUUAGUGUGCGUGUAGAAAAGAAAUAAAAAAUUUAUAUUCAGUAACUCGUAGGAAAAGUUGUUGAAAAUUAUUUGGAAAAAAUAUUGAAAAUUCAUUCCAAAAUUUUGACGCAUUUGAUCACAGAUUGAAAUGGCUGGUGGAAAAGCUGGUAAAGAUUCAGGAAAAGCUAAAGCUAAAGCAGUUUCGCGUUCCGCUAGAGCUGGGUUGCAAUUCCCUGUCGGUCGUAUUCAUCGUCAUUUAAAGAGCCGCACAACGUCUCAUGGACGUGUAGGGGCUACAGCAGCAGUUUAUUCAGCUGCAAUAUUGGAAUAUUUAACAGCCGAGGUUCUGGAAUUGGCAGGAAAUGCAUCCAAAGAUCUUAAAGUAAAGCGUAUUACGCCGCGUCAUUUGCAGUUAGCAAUCCGUGGCGAUGAGGAGUUGGACAGUCUUAUCAAAGCCACUAUAGCCGGCGGUGGUGUUAUUCCCCACAUUCACAAAUCUCUGAUUGGCAAAAAAGAAGACAAUGUACAAGACCCGCAAAGAAAAAAUACCGUUAUUCUUUCGCAAGGUUAUUAAUUUUUAGUUUUUAAACUAACAACUUUUUUUAUAAUUUUUUUUUUAUUUUCAUUUUAUAUAUAAUGCAUAUAAAAUUAAAAAAAAAAAAAGAUGAUCAUUGAAGAACAAUGAGUUUAUAUUGUUAAACACGAUACAUUUUUUGUUUAAACUGAACAUUUAAAAAAAAUUACUUUCUUUCGCAAUCAUAGUUU